UCUAACCAUACUAAAUCAAAGAAGAUGACGUCACGGUGAAUUUGACGUUUUGGUGUGUGUUUAUUUAAAGAUAAGAGGAACGCCUCUCAGGUGAACCCACUUAUUUUGGUUUCGUGUCGACCGCGAAAGUUGUCAGUUUUACGUCCGCGCACCUCGGGUCCCGAUAUAUAUUCCAAAGUUCAAGAAAAAUCGUUCGUAUCGUAAACGUCGACAACGUCGACGUCCUUUAAUUUUUUUUCCAGAGAUGUGUAAAGUACGGAUUUUGAUUUUGGCGUGUCUUUAAUCUCUAAAAUAUUAAUAAGUGUAAUACGGUUGUUGUUGUUGAAAAGAGAGGGAGAAAGGCGACAAGAAAUCCUUUUGGCUCGAGGACACCUGGUUAGAUUUUUAGGGGAAUUUUCCGAAUUAUUUAACGCUCACUUCACCACGUACGCUCUAAACGCACGUAAUAAUUUUUCAAGAUGUCGGAAUCAUUAAGACAACGUAAACAACAGUUCAAUAGCUACAAUACUUCUUCAACAGAAGAUAUACCAACAAGUUCCAGCAACACCAAAAUGGAUAAUAUGGAAUUUCCUCGUUCCAUACAGAUCGUCCUGGCGAAUAAUGACCAUACAUUCAGUUUAGAUGAAGAAGCCCUUGCAAAAGUGUUAAUGAGGGACGAAAUUAAAGAUCGCUAUGUGGUAGUUGUUUCAGUAGCUGGAGCAUUUAGAAAAGGAAAAUCGUUUAUAUUGGACUUUUUCUUACGUUAUAUGAAGGCUAAGUAUCAACAGUCGGAAGGUACAGUUGAUUGGUUAGGUCCCGAUAAUGCCCCAUUAGAUGGCUUUUCAUGGCGUGGGGGUUCAGAAAGGGACACAACAGGUAUCUUAAUGUGGUCUGAGAUUUUUUUAUCUCAAUUAUCAACAGGAGAAAAGGUUGCAAUAAUUCUCUUGGAUACUCAAGGGGCCUUCGAUAGUGAAAGUACCGUUAAAGACUGUGCCACAGUAUUCGCUUUAAGUACCAUGAUUAGCUCUGUACAGAUUUAUAAUUUAUCCCAAAAUAUACAAGAGGAUGAUUUACAACAUUUACAGUUAUUUACCGAGUAUGGUAGGUUAGCUUUAGAAGAUUCAGGUAAAGCUCCAUUUCAAAGGUUACAAUUUCUUGUGAGAGAUUGGAGUUUUCCAUACGAGGCGGAAUAUGGGGCUGUUGGUGGUAAAAAAUUAUUGGACCGUCGGUUGCAGGUCAAUGACAAACAACAUCCGGAAUUGCAAAGUCUUAGGCGUCACAUCCAAUCGUGUUUUAGCGAAAUUGCAUGUUUUUUAAUGCCUCAUCCGGGUUUGAAGGUUGCUACAAAUCCAAACUUUGAUGGAAGACUCUCUGAUAUUGAUCCUGAAUUUAAACAAAACCUUCAAAUUUUGGUGCCAAUGAUUUUAGCUCCUGAAAAUUUAGUUUUGAAAAGUAUUAGUGGUCAAAAAGUGAAAGCUAGGGAUUUGGUGCAAUAUUUUAAGUCUUACAUACAGAUUUAUAGUGGUAAUGAGCUUCCUGAACCCAAAUCCAUGCUUGUGGCUACUGCAGAAGCAAAUAAUUUAUCGGCUGUAGCUGAUGCUAAAGAACUUUAUAUUCGAAUGAUGGACGAUAUUUGCGGCGGCACAAAACCGUAUUUAAACACCAACACCAUCGAAUCGGAACAUCGGCGGGUUAAAGAAAAGGCUUUACAUCAAUUUCAAAGUAAAAGAAAAAUGGGUGGAGAAGAAUUCAGUGAACGAUACAAGGAACAAUUAGAAAGAGAUUUGGAAGAUACUUUUGAACAAUUUAAGGCGCACAAUGAAAGCAAAAACAUUUUUAAAGCCGCCCGAACACCAGCUGUAUUCUUUGCUGUCGCUGUUAUUUGUUAUAUACUUUCUGGGGUUUUCGGACUAUUUGGUGCUUACACAAUUGCUAACCUCUUUAAUUUAAUUAUGGGGUUGUCGUUACUAACAUUAGCACUGUGGGCAUACAUAAGAUAUAGCGGCGAAUUGCGAGAAAUUGGUGUUCAAAUCGACGAAUUGGCCACGUUCAUUUGGGAAAAUUUCCUGAAACCCGUGUACCAAAGCUUUAUAGAGAAAGGUAUGCAGGAAAUGGCUGUACGAGCAGCUGAGGCGGCCAUCAAUAAUACGGGGAACGCGACGACCACGUUAAACGGAAAGGUGCAUCAAUCGUGAUGGUCCCCGCUAAGCCACUUACUCAACAAGGGCAUCCUACACUCACGCCAAAUAAAAAUUCAAAACAAAACCCUCGACUACGUCACCCGUCUUUUACGUAAGCCAAAAAAAUAAUAAAUUUUAAAAUCAAAAACAAUUUUUUGAACUAAAAACUAAUCCACAAUAGAUUGUAUGUGUAAAGUAAAAUGUUAAUUUUUAUGAAAAUACUUUAUGCGUGGCAUUUUGUUGUUUCAAAUUUUUUUAACAGCUGUCAUAAGAUUUUUGUAAUUGUUCUAGGCGAUUAAAAUUUAGGUUAAAUUAAUAUCGUUUAUACCUAAGUGUGAAGUAUGGCAGCUGUUGAAAUAUAUAUUUUAGAACAUUCAAGGAAACGAAGUUUAAAAUUUUAAUAAUUAAUAAAUUAACUUUCCAAAAUCGAUUUUUAAAUAUUUUAUGUGGUAAACGCUGAUGGUUCUAUAUACUCUUCUUUUCAAUAUUUAAGUUAAUUCUUGUGUCGGGAUGAAAAUGUGCCAGAUAGAGAUUUUAAAUAAAUACGGUGGAAGUAGAUUUUUUUCGACAUAUUUUCACUAAUUUUUCUCUGCACAAAUUAUCGAUUAAACAAACAAAAUUUGUAUUUUUAUUUUGGUGUUUUUUUGUUAUGUUAUUUUUAAUUGAGUGUAGUAGUGGUGGGAUUAAAAUCUAACUUGUGAUAAUUUAUUUUUUAUUUUCAAAUUUUUUCGUCUUUGGGUUGGUAUUAUUAUUUCUCUCUAUUACAUUUCGAUUUUUUCAAAUUGAUGCAGAUAUGUUUACUUAAAAUGUUGAUUACAAGCCAAGAAACGAUAACUUAAAUAUAUAGUUUAAAGAAUAAUUAGGUAAAUUUUUCUUUUUUUUUUGUAUUUUUACUUUUUUAUGUUUUUUAUUUUCUACCACAGUUGUGUAUAGUUUUGCAUUGGUUAACGUUUUAUUUGUUUUGUUAGAUUUCUAGAUUGUAAAAUAGAACAGAUAAAAAGUUUGUAUCAAAAUUUACUAAAUUAAAGAAGGGGACAUCAUCAAUUAUUUUUUUGAUAUUCAUUUUAAAAGUUUAUUAUUAUUUGUUAGUGUAUUCAUGUUUUAAAUUUAAAUUAUAGAUUGUUGUUAAAUUAAAUUAAUUAAAAAGGGUGGAUGAUAAAAAAUUAAUAUGAAUGAUAAUCCCUGAGCAUAUUUAAUAAUCACCAAAGUGCCUAAAAUAUGUUUGAAAUUUGUUUUGCUGUAUAAUCGAUAAUAAUAAUAAUGAAUUAACGGUUCAA